GCCGAUUCACUUUUCGACCAAAUUUAAAAAAAACGGCAAUUCCCUUUUCGACUAAAAUCGUACCCUUCCCUUUUCGGCCGAUUCACUUUUCGACCAAAUUUAAAAAACAUCGAUUCCCUUUUCGACAUUAAUAUGUCAUAAUGCGUAUAAUAUUUUAUAAAAAAUACAACAACAAAAUUAUACAAUACAAAAAGUUUAAUAUAGGUGUUAUAUUUUAUGUUAUAGGUACAUAUUGAAAAUUAUUAAAACCUAUAUAUAUAUAAUUGUUGUCAUUAAUCAUUUGAUCGGUGAUCGUCGACUGUGAUGGUUACUACCAUAAUAUAUAGUUAUAUCAGUAUAUUAUGUAGUAUGUACCUGAUAGACUGAUCAUUGUACGUAUUGUAGAGAGUCACUAUCUUUUAUAGCCAAGAUAAAAUAUCAAUAACUGAUUAAAUUCUCUCGUUACUUGUUUAAUUUUUGUAAAACCGAUGCUCGUGCAAUAAUACUUUAGUGUCUGUGCGUGUAUCAUACUCGUUGCAUCGGUUUUAUAGUUUUCAACGUUCAAAAUUAUUAUAUUUUACUUAAUAUGGCUGAAUUUAUCGAAAGUAAUCGUGGUAAACCGUUAUUAGUUUUAGAUUGUUAUAAAUUUAGUAUCGGAUCAGUGAACAAAAAAACUAAUUCAACACGUUGGCGAUGUAUUCGAAGAGAUUGUGAUGCUAAAGUGUUUACAGUAAAUAAAAUUGUCGUACAAGACCAUCGUGAAAAUUUAUCACACAGACAUAAGCCAUAUGAUCGGAAUACAAUAUCGAGGCAAAUUGUUAGCUCAGCGUGCAAGCGGAAAGCAGUCGACGCACCCUCAGUUAGACCGAAAACAAUUAUCUUGAAAGAAGUUGGUGAAAAUAUUGAGUCUUCACAAUUUACUACAACGGACAUUAAAAGAAUAAGGAAAAAUGUAUACGACGCUCGGCGCAAAGUAUUGCCAUCGUGUCCCACAAGUUUAGAAGAAGUUCAUUCAUCGUUGGAAAAAAUGGACAUAAAAACUAAACAAGGUGAGCCUUUUUUACUAGUGAACGAUACAGAGAAAAACAUAAUUAUAUUUUCGUGUACCUCGAACAUUUUAUUCUUAAAAGAAAUCGAGACAUUAUAUAUGGACGGGACAUUUAAAUAUUCGGCUCGUUUUUUUACACAAAUGUUCACUAUCCAUGGUCUUAAAAACGGAAACUAUAUUCCAUUAAUAUUUUGUUUACUUCCAAACAAGACUACCGAAACUUACAUUCAUGCAUUUCACUUGAUAUUACAGAAAUGCACUUCUUUAGGUGUAACAUUAUUGCCUCAGUAUGUAACGACAGAUUAUGAAAAAGCAAUAAUUAACGCAGUCCAUGAAAUUUGGCCACAAACUCAAAUUAUUGGGUGUAGGUUCCACUUAACCCAAGCUUGGUAUCGCCAAAUCCAAAAAGUAGGACUGGCUACUGAAUAUCAAGACCGAUCUUCAGAAAUUGGAUUAUGGUUGCGCCACACUUUUGGAUUGCUUUUUCUAGAACCAAAUAAUGUUUUAGAUUGUUUUCUUCAAAACUUUAUGGCUGAUCGUCCUAUAGAUGAUAAAGUUAUCAAAUAUGCAGACUAUCUCAUUGACAACUAUUUAACAGACGAUUGUGACUAUCCUCCAGAAAUAUGGGCAUCAGCAAGUUCUAGUUUACAACGCACGACUAAUAACUGUGAAUCCUUCCAUGCAAAUUUCAAUCGAAGCUUUUAUAAAGAAUCUCCAUCCAUAUUUAAUUUGCUUGCGGUUUUAAUUGAUGAGGUACAAACUGAAAUUUAUAUAAAACUUAGAAGUGUUCACUUGCCAAACCGUACUCAAGAUCGAUCAAUCAGAGAGAGAAAAUCCAAAAAUGAAAAAUAUAUAUCAGAUUAUCAAAACGGACAACUUGACAGGUAUGAUUUUGUUAAGUUGGUUUCAAACAAUUAUUUCAAACAAAUGUAAUGAAAAGCGCUAACAAAACUCAGACGACGACAGAACACAAUUAUAUUGACCUUAUAUCAUUUUUUUUUAUAUAAUAUAUCUUAUAUUUUUAAUA